CCAGUUCCUUCCAGACAGAAAACGAUGACGACGAAGUGACGAACAAAACCUGGGUGUUGACCCCGAAGGUGUACGAGAGUGACGUCACACACAUCCUCAACAGUUUACUAGACGGCUAUGACAACAAGCUGAGGCCGGAUAUAGGAGUCAAACCCACUGUGAUCCACACGGACAUGUUUGUUAAUAGCAUCGGCCCUGUAAACGCAAUCAACAUGGAAUACACUAUCGACAUCUUCUUCGCUCAGACCUGGUACGACAGACGCCUGAAGUUCAACAGCACCAUGAAGGUCCUGCGUCUCAACAGCAACAUGGUAGGAAAGAUCUGGAUCCCUGACACCUUCUUCCGGAACUCCAAGAAGGCCGACGCCCACUGGAUCACCACACCCAAUCGCAUGCUCCGGAUUUGGAACGAUGGGCGGAUCCUGUACACGCUGAGGUUGACCAUCGAUGCCGAGUGCCAGCUUAAACUGAAUAACUUUCCCAUGGAUGAGCAUUCCUGUCCCCUGGAGUUCUCGAGCUACGGAUACCCGAAGGAGGAGAUCAUUUAUAAGUGGAAGCGGAGUUCUGUCGAGGUCGGAGACAUCCGCUCCUGGAGGCUGUAUCAGUUCUCCUUCGUGGGUCUGAGGAACAUCUCGGAUAUCAUCAGCACCUUUUCAGGUGACUAUGUGGUGCUGACCGUCUUCUUCGACCUGAGCAGAAGAAUGGGCUACUUCACCAUCCAGACCUACAUCCCCUGCACCCUGAUCGUCGUCCUCUCCUGGGUCUCCUUCUGGAUCAACAAGGACGCUGUCCCUGCUCGCACAUCCUUAGGAAUCACCACGGUGCUCACCAUGACAACGCUCAGCACCAUCGCCAGGAAGUCGCUGCCCAAAGUGUCGUACGUGACGGCCAUGGACCUGUUCGUGUCCGUGUGCUUCAUCUUCGUGUUCGCGGCACUGAUCGAGUACGGAACGCUGCACUACUUCGUGAGCAACCGCAAACCGAGCAAGAACAAAGACAAGAAGAAGAAAAACCCGCUCCUCCGGCUGUUUUCCUCAAAGCAGAACCCGACGGUGGAUAUCCGUCCCCGCUCGGCUACGGCGAUCCAGAUGAACAACGCCACGCACAUGCAGGAGCGCGACGAGGAGUUCGGCUACGAGUGUCUGGACGGGAAAGACUGCACAAGCUUCUUCUGCUGCUUUGAGGAUUGUCGUUCCGGGGCAUGGCGUCACGGUCGCCUGCACAUUAGGGUCUCCAAGAUCGACUCGUACGCACGCAUCUUCUUCCCCACCGCCUUCGGCCUCUUCAACCUCGUAUACUGGGUGUCAUACCUGUACCUGUGAGCGCUGCCGCUACGCCUGCAGCACAUUGCUAUCCAUACAAUGUAAUGCUAAACAUACAAUGCUAAUCAUACAACAUACCGCUAAUCCUAUAGCGUAAUGCUAAUCAUACUACAUAAUGCUAGUCUAUAGUAUAAGGCUAAUCGUACAAACGCUGCUUUUUUAAUACAGUCUUUAUUGCUAACAUUUCCUUGUCGCCUCCGUCCUGAUUCACUGUGCCCUUGUCGACUUCCCCUUACCUGUGUUACACUACUGUGCACUUCUUCUACAGGACUAAAAACACUAGAUAAUGGGAUGUAAUCCUCUAGAUUAUUGGAUGUGUAAUCCUGUAGAUUGUUGGUGAUCUAGUCCCCUAAUGGUUAAAGACUAGAAACACUGCAGUCCUGGGAGGUGUAGUCCACUAGAUUGAUGGAAAUGUAGUCCACUAGAUUGUCAGAAGGUUUGCGCCGAUAAUGAUAGAUCAAGUCCACUAGAUAUUGGGAUGUGUAGUCAUCUAUAUUGUGGGCAAUCUAGUCCCCUAGAUAGUGAGAGAUAUCAAUGAUGGUUAUGGAGUAGAAACAGCGGAGUUGUAGGGAGGUGUAGUCCACUAAAAUGUGGACUGUAGUAAAAGAGAUAAUGGGAGAUGCAGACAAGAGGAAGCUAUCGUCUAGAUUAUGAGUUCUAGUCCCCUAGAUUGUGAGUGAUAAUGGUUAUUGACUAAGUAGCAUGAGAUUGUGGGAGGUGUUGUUCACAAGAUUUAGGUAGUACCAUAUCUCUAUGAUGUUUAUAGACUAAAUCCGACUAGACUGAGGGAGAUGUAGUCCACUCGAUAUUGGGAGAUCUAAUCAGGUAGAAAAUGGCAGGUCAGGUCCACUAGAUUGAUGGUUAUUUAGAGUCCUGGAUAAUAAGAGAUUUCAGUAACAAGAUGUAAACUAGAUAGUUUGAUGGAGUCCACUAGAUUAUGGAAGAUCAGGUACACUAGAUAUUGGAAUGUGUAGUCCUCUACAUUGUGGCUGAUCUAGUCCCCUAGAUACUGGAUGAUUUCAGUGAUAGUUAUGGAUAAAUUUUACUGGAAUUUGGGAGAUGUAGUCCACUACAUGCAGUUCACUAGAUAGUAGAACAUGAUCAAGUAUAUUUUUGGGAUUUGUAGUCUUCUAGAUUGUGAUUGUCUAGUCCCCUAGGAAGUGGGAGAUAUCAGUGACGGUUAUUAACUGGAAUUGUGGAAGGUGUAGUCCACUAGAUAGUGAGAGAUGUAGACUAGACAGUGGGAGUUGUAAACUAGUUGGUGUCAGUUGUAGUCCACCUGAAAAUGGGAGAUCUAGUCUUGUAGAAAUGGUAGAUAUGAGUCCACUAAUUUGUAGAUAUAGUCCACUAGAUGGGAGAUCCACUGUGCUUGAGUGCUAGUUAUUAGGGGAUCUAGUCCACUAAAGAGGGGGAUAAGGGGAUUUAGUCUACUUGAUCUUGGCCUCUUCAACUUUGGUUUGUCACUAGAUAGUGGAAUACUAUGUGCAUAUCAUUGGAGUAUGGGAAAUGUAGUCCACUAGAUUGAGGGAGAGCUAGUGCACUAGUUUGUGUUAGAUGUAGUCCACUAUAUAGUAGGAGAUAUUGUUUAGACCAUGAUAUUGUCCAAGAUAUGUUGUCCACUAGAUAAUGAGAAGUCCACUUUACUGAUGAGACCUGGUCUUAUUUAACAAAUUACAUUUGAUUGGUUAAAAGCCCUUAAGAUGGCAGUGGGGAUUUGACCUAGGGGAAGUCGGCGAAUGUGCGCUGAGAGCAGGAUUGGAACAAGGCCCAUUUUAAUGUUAUUUUGCUGUUGCACUCUGAGAUGAGUGGGAAAAGCUGCUGAAUUUCUGAUUGGUUUAAAAUGAAAGAAGUGGGUGGGACUAUGAUGAAAGGCAGGGCUAGUGCUCAUAGCUUUAAUCACUCUUACAUUCAUAUCAAAUAUCAAAUGCAUUAUGAAGUAAGACACCUGUUUUCCGGCUUUGUUGUUGUGUUUAUUUGAUUGUCGUGUCGUUGUGAGCAAAGCGAAGGCUGUAGCAACACAUUUUUGGGGGCGGGGCUUCGACACAGCACUUCUGUCACUUCUAUCAGGGACUCGGUGAAGUAUUUAGAUUUGCAUGUCUAGUCUAGAGUUCCCAGAAUUCCUUUGAAUAAACAGGAAGUGAUGUCAUUAGCAAGUCAAAGUGCCCACUUUGUACAUUAUUCAUGAAUUAUUCUGAAGCGGCGUAACCAAUCAUUUUAGAGUUACACACACAAAAAAAUCUAAUGUGAAAUUUAUUUAUUCAGUAUUUAUUUCUGUUCGUUAGCUGUCGUGUUUUACGACCGCUGGUAAAAAUCAACGAUCUGUACAAAGGAUGUAAAUAUUUAAUACUGUACAAUGUAGUGAUUUAUCUAUUGCAUGCACCGUUCAAAAAAAAAGCGAAAAUAUUUAACAAUUUUCCAUUAACGAUUAUGAAGUGAAUAUGAAAUUCACGGCUUAUUAAAAAUGAAAAACAAAUUUAUUGUCUGGAUCUCAUGAACGCAUAUCAUAUUUACAACUAAUUUACUUUUUAUUUAUUUCCAGCUCUUGAUGUCUGGGAGGAACUUUUUCUCGUUUGUAUAUGGAACCUGUGGGCGUGGCCAUCCUUCCUGACAUCAUCUUUACAAAAAGGACUCGAGAACCAUAAUGGUUACAAAGUUGAUUUCAGUUCUGUGUGUAUUUUAUUGAAUACUUGUGAUAGCAGCUAACUACCAGGCUAGCCAGAUGUGUUACCUUUUUGUUAGCUAGCUGUAUGUAUUUCCUUAUUUUACUAUGAUAUUAGCUAGCGUUUGAUUUAUGUUGAGCUAGCAUACAUCAAUGGCACGUCCUAAAUGUUAGCUAUUUUAUCCAAAUGAAAAAAAAAUUUCCAUCUCGCAUCAGUAUGACAGGACUUUGAUUUAAACAUUGUAGGAAACCAUGUGAUGAAUUUCAGCCAAUGGGACAGUAUUUGUGAUGUCAGGAAGGACCACGAAGGUCCUCUUCGUAAUGUUUUUAACAUGAAGCCGUUAUUGACUUUCCCUUGCAAAGCAGAACAGAAGUGUGUACCUGAACAGUGUUACUGGUACAGUACAGUGUAUUUGGUAAUACAGUGUAUUUCCUUUGCUAACUAGCUGCUGUGCUGAUUAGCUACUUUGCUAACUAGCUAGCAGAACAACGUAUAGGACUCGGAGGAAUAAAAACCCAACCUGAACUCACGCUAUUUGAUGAACUCAAAUGUGAUCAUUUUAAAAGUAUUUUAUUUUGAAAAGCUGAUAGGUUGCUACAGUGGAUUCUGGGUAAUUUGUGCACGCUUAUAUCAAGUCCGUUUUCAUUAACGAACUGUUACUCGAGCUGAUAACGUCAUUUACUGACAAUGGUUACGAAGGCAAAGGAGAAUCGACCAACAUGGAGACACGGAGACAUCAAAGAGGACAUGUUAAAGAGGAUUGAGAGUAGCUGUGGACGAAAAAUAGAUUUUUUUUCGAUUUCAGCUACGGAUGGACAGGAUACGAUUUUCUGAACUGAAGCGUAAUUAUUAUAAAUAUUACCACAAGAAAAUAAACACAUGUAUGGAAUUAU